AUGGACGAUAAUGCAUCUAUUCGCCACCACACUACUCCCUCCUCCACAUACCAUCGCAGAAACCCCGUCAUGGCAGCGCAUGUUUCAGUGCUCCUCCUGGUGCCGGCGUUGCUGAUGAGAGUGGCAGUGGCCGGAGCACCGCCGUUCUCGUGCGGCCCGUCGUCGCCGUCGAAGGGGUUACCGUUCUGCAACAUGAAGCUCCCCGCGUCACAGCGUGCGGCGGACCUGGUGUCGCGGAUGACGCCCGCCGAGAAGGCGUCCCAGCUUGGGGAUAUCGCCAACGGGGUGCCGCGACUUGGCGUCCCCUCGUACAAGUGGUGGAACGAGGCCCUGCACGGGGUGGCCAUCUCCGGCAAGGGGAUCCACAUGAACCAGGGCGUACGCUCGGCCACCAGCUUUCCGCAGGUGCUGCACACCGCCGCGUCCUUCAACGACAACCUCUGGUUCCGCAUCGGCCAGGCGACCGGCAAGGAGGCUCGGGCAUUCUACAACAUCGGACAGGCGGAGGGGCUCACCAUGUGGUCCCCGAACGUGAACAUCUUCCGGGACCCGCGGUGGGGCCGCGGCCAGGAGACCCCCGGCGAGGACCCCGCGGUGGCCAGCCGGUACGGCGCCGCCUUCGUCCGGGGCUUGCAGGGCAGCAGCAGCAACACCAAAUCCGUGCCGCCGGUGCUGCAGACCUCGGCUUGCUGCAAGCACGCCACGGCAUAUGACCUGGAGGACUGGAAGGGAGUGUCGCGGUACAGCUUCAAGGCCACCGUGACGAUCCAGGACCUGGCGGACACCUUCAACCCGCCGUUCCGGAGCUGUGUGGUCGAUGGAAAGGCCAGCUGCGUCAUGUGCGCCUACACGAUCGUCAAUGGCGUGCCGUCGUGCGCCAAUGGCGACCUGCUCACCAAGACCUUCAGGGGCAGCUGGGGACUCGACGGGUAUGUCGCCGCGGACUGCGACGCGGUGGCCAUCAUGCGUAACUCACAGUUCUAUCGCCCGACAGCGGAGGACACCGUCGCGGCCACGCUCAAAGCCGGAUUGGACAUAGACUGUGGUCCAUACAUCCAGCAGUACGCCAUGGCCGCGAUCCAGAAGGGGAAGCUGACGCAGCAGGACGUAGACAAGGCCGUCAAGAACCUCCUCACCACCCGCAUGCGGCUGGGCCACUUCGACGGCGACCCCAAGACCAACGUGUACGGCAACCUCGGAGCCGGCCACAUCUGCACGGCGGAGCACAAGAACCUAGCGCUCGAGGCGGCGCUGGACGGCAUCGUCUUACUCAAGAACAGCGCGGGCGUCCUCCCGCUUAAACGAGGGACGGUCAACUCUGCCGCCGUCAUCGGCCACAACGCCAACGACGUUCUCGCUCUCCUCGGCAACUAUUGGGGCCCACCGUGCGCGCCGACCACGCCUCUCCAGGGGAUCCAGGGCUACGUGAAGAACGUCAAGUUCCUGGCCGGGUGCAACAAGGCGGCCUGCAACGUCGCCGCGACGCCCCAGGCGACCGCGCUGGCGAGCUCGUCGGAUGCCGUGAUCCUGUUCAUGGGACUGAGCCAGGAGCAGGAGAGCGAAGGGAAGGACAGGACGACACUUCUCCUUCCGGGUAACCAGCAGAGCUUGAUCAACGCCGUCGCCAACGCAGCGAAGCGGCCAGUGAUCUUGGUGCUUCUCACUGGCGGCCCGGUGGACAUCACAUUCGCCCAGGCGAACCCCAAGAUCGGCGCCAUCCUGUGGGCCGGCUACCCUGGCCAGGCUGGCGGCCUCGCCAUUGCAAAAGUCCUGUUCGGCGAGAAGAACCCCAGUGGGAAGCUGCCGAACACGUGGUACCCGGAGGAGUUCACGAGGAUCCCCAUGACGGACAUGCGGAUGCGCGCCGCGGGCAGCUACCCUGGCCGGACUUACCGGUUCUACAAUGGCAAGACCAUCUAUAAGUUCGGCUACGGCCUCAGCUACUCCAAGUUCUCUCACCGUGUAGUCACCGGGCGCAAGAACCCGGCGCACAACACGAGCCUACUCGCCGCCGGCCUCGCAGCGAUGACCGAGGACAACUUGAGCUACCAUGUCGAGCACAUCGGCGACGUCGUGUGCGAUCAGCUCAAAUUCUUGGCAGUGGUCAAGGUGCAGAACCACGGGCCAAUCGACGGGAAGCACACGGCGCUCAUGUUCCUCCGGUGGCCCAGCGCGACCGACGGCCGACCAACGAGGCAGCUGAUCGGGUUCCAGAGCCAGCACAUCAAGGCAGGGGAGAAGGCGAACCUGAGGUUUGAGGUGAGCCCGUGUGAGCAUUUCAGCAGGGUGAGGCAGGACGGCAGAAAGGUGAUCGAUAAAGGGUCACAUUUCCUCAAGGUUGGCAAGCAUGAGCUGGAGAUUAGUUUUGGGGCAUGAGUUUUUCUUUUCUUUUUGGAAAAUAAGAGUAUAUGGGUCUUAUGUUUCCUAGUGUGAUUUAUCACUUUGUUUAUUAUUCUACUGGCACGUAAAAUGAAUUUAUUUGUAGGUUACCAUGAAAA